CUUACAUAUAGAAAAGCCAAAUGAAAAUGAGAACUAACACUUAAUCAAAAGAAAACAAAGAGAAGCAAUCAUGGAUUCUGGAUGAAAGUGUUAUUCAGUGAAGAAUCGCGAAUCUGCACUAACUUUUGUCAGGUGCUGUUCUAAUGAAACAAAACAAUCAAAUUUCCCAACUUAUUUAUGAUAUGGGGGUGCAUGUCAGGGGAGAUGACAAUCAUAAACUCAACAGUAAAUGCACUGGUGUACACUGAAAUUGUGGACACUUUUCUCAUUCCAUCGAUAGAAAAUAGGUUUGGUGAUGAUGAAUAAUUUUUUUUGGAUGAUAAUGCAUCUUGCCACAGAGCAAAGAGUGUUAAAGCUUUUCUUCAGGAAAGGCAUAUCAACUCAAAGACAUGGCCAGCAAACAGUCCAGAUCUCAAUCCAAUUGAAAAUUUAUGGUGGAAAUUAUAAACACUGCCAAGGCAAGCUGACCUGUCAAAUGCUAUUUGAGAAAGUUGAAACCAGCUUGAUGGGGAAUAUUGUUUUUCAUUAAUGAAGUCCAUACUUUUUUCCUCUACUAGCUCUGGAAAAAGACAUGCCAUUAAUAAUAAGAACAAAAGUGGAUUUGUUUGAGGUAGGCUAUGUUUCCUGAAGCCAGAAUGUUAAGCUAUUGAACAAAACCUUUUUUGUGUCAUAUCUGUAACUAUAAAGUAAGAAAUCUGGGUGAGCAUCCUCUAAGUGUGGUGAUUCCAUAAUUUUCGUUGUAAUACAAAUGUAAAAGCAUGUAAGAAACACAUUUGCCUAGUAUAAGACUCCCCAAUAGGUGGCCUCAUAGACUUGAUUUAGGUUAUAACAUCUGGCAAAUCAAAUAUGUGAGUUUUGCAUCACAUCUCCUUAAUUCAGGUAGGCUAUCUCUUUAUUUUCGGUGUUAGGUGAACAUUUGCAUUGAAAAAAAAAACCUGCAGGUAAAUAAAUGAAUUAGCAAUUCAUUCACACAGAAGCACACUAAAGUGGAAAACUAUACCAACAAUAAAGAAACGUAGUCAUGUAAUUAAUCGCCUGACCAUAAAAUAAAGAUUUAAUUAAGAUGAACGGAUCAUGAAUAAUAAUAGGAUCGUAAUUUUAGAGGGCAUCGCGUGCACGUGCACAGAGUGUGCACACACUGUGUGUGACUCACAAUGUUUUGCUUUCCUUCAGCAUCGACUCUAAAACUGGACGACCUACUGUUAAGAGUAAUUUCUCAAGCCCCUCGGGCUCGGACACGACACAUCUCGGUGUUAAGUCUAUUUGUCAUGCCACUCGGCGUGCAAUCUCGCCACGCGCGCGCAGCAAGCAAACGACGAGCAUUCGUCGCGUGGAGCUCGUGCUGCUCUGGCAUCCUGAUGGAAUAACACCUGAUCUUCGACGGGAUGAAGGAAGGUGCGCUACAGUCAAGUUUUCCUUCUAUGAAUCAUUCUCUACGGACAAGACGGAUCAAAGCGCAACACUAUUCGGAUAAAUGCACAAAAGAAGCUAUUAUCUAACAGAACUGCAGGAACAGGUUAUUGCUCAGUGGAAUCUAAAACGUCCUCUUAUUGCAAAAGGACUCCCAUCUAAAAACUGUGUGCAGAGUAAUUCAUUGAACUUAUCUGAUGGAUGCAGGAUCACUGAUAUGCUACAAUGAUAUUAUGAUCGACUGAACUGAACCUGAAGGACUUCAUUGACCACUUUCCACUUUUUAUGCAAUGGAACAUGAACUGGAAAUAUUAACUUUGGUAUGAAAAUGUCUUCAGAUGAACCCACGGUCAGCAUUACCUGACAUGUGACAGGUCUGACGGACUCUAAGAUGAAGUGUUCGAACGCUUGCAUUGAUUUUUAAUGCACAGCAUUAUGGCAGUGAUGGAUUUGAACUUGACGACAGUAAUUGACAGCGGUUUCAUGGAACGCGACCGGUCCUCGCGGGUUCUGACCGGUUGCUUUCUUUCCGUUCUAAUCCUCUCCACCCUAUUUGGGAACACGCUGGUUUGUGCAGCUGUCACAAAAUUCCGCCACCUGCGCUCUAAAGUCACAAACUUUUUUGUCAUCUCGCUGGCGGUGUCAGACCUGCUGGUGGCCAUCCUGGUCAUGCCCUGGAAGGCUGUGACAGAGGUUGCCGGCUUCUGGCCGUUCGGUGCUUUCUGUGACAUUUGGGUGGCUUUCGAUAUCAUGUGCUCCACAGCUUCAAUCCUGAAUCUCUGCGUUAUCAGCGUGGACCGAUACUGGGCCAUUUCCAGCCCGUUCCGCUACGAGAGGAAGAUGACUCCCAGGGUGGCCUUUGUGAUGAUCAGCAUGGCUUGGACACUGUCUGUGCUCAUCUCCUUCAUCCCAGUGCAGCUCAAAUGGCACAAGGCUCAGCCAGCGAGCUUCUCCGAGGUCAACGCGUCUCACAGGGCUCCGCUGACGGACAACUGCGACUCCAGCCUCAACCGGACGUACGCCAUUUCCUCCUCGCUCAUCAGCUUCUACAUUCCCGUCGCCAUCAUGAUUGUAACCUACACUCAGAUUUACAGAAUCGCCCAGAAGCAGAUCCGAAGGAUCUCGGCUUUGGAAAGGGCUGCGGAAAAUGCCAAGAUCCGCCACGACAGCAUGGGCAGCAGCUCCAACGUGGACUCCGAAAGCUCCUUCAAACUGUCGUUCAAAAGGGAGACGAAAGUCUUAAAAACAUUGUCCGUCAUAAUGGGGGUUUUUGUGUGCUGCUGGUUGCCAUUCUUCAUCCUGAACUGCAUGGUGCCAUUUUGCAAGCGCACUUCGACUGGCCUCCCCUGCAUCAGUCCAACGACAUUUGAUGUUUUCGUCUGGUUCGGAUGGGCCAAUUCUUCUCUCAACCCCAUCAUAUACGCCUUCAAUGCCGACUUUCGCCGGGCUUUUGCCAUCCUUUUGGGGUGCCAGAGACUCUGUCCAGGAACCAACAGCAUGGAGACGCCGAGCCUGAACAAGCAAUGAAAAGCAAUGCUCAAUGUGUGAGCUCAUGUCACACCAUUCCUUUGCCAAGGAAAUGGAUUUGGGAUUAAGACUCUGGGAAGAGAGCCCUCCUGCUGCGCUGGAGAGCAGGGAAAGGCGGUUGCGACGUCCCUUAAGGAAGGCUAAUCUCUAUAAAAAGCUAUGCUUCCCCGAAGAGUGACGCAAAGGUGGUCUGUGUUCCCAGUGUCUAUUUCAGACGACAGAUUAUUGAAUCCACAAGUGACUUGCAGAAAUUAGAGAAGCGAUAUUUUGUCAAAAGAAAACUAGUUGUUUCUUUGAAUGUUUUUCAGAGGUUGAAUUUGAAAGAAACUGUACAGCAAUACUGUUUGUGAAGCUAAAGUGCGGGGCAAAACUCCAAUACACUUGUGUAUUUACUGCAAAUGAGUGGAUCAUACCAUUAAUAUAUGAAUUAUCGCUGAAUAAAUUACCAUUUCAGGCAUUUCCAAUAAAAUUCAGUGUAAUCUGAAUCUAAUACA